AUGUCAGAUCGGGUGCCGAGCUACGCCCCUGAGCAGCCAGCCCCUUUGUCAGACGACUCGACACUUUCCGGGAAGAUGGAGGACUCAACUGAUGCCGCAUCGGCAACAGAACCCAUCGAGAGGAAUUUGGAAGAAUUGGCACGUCAAUUGACACACAAGUCUCAAAAUAUCACCGAUGAGCUGCAACCAUACAACCCCGAGCCAGGGAGCCGCCUCGAUCCCCAAUCACCAUCUUUCAACGCACGUGCAUGGGUCAAAGCGUUUGUCAAGCUUUCUGAAACGGACCCCAGCGCGGCCUCGUCGCGUUUCUUAGGCGUUGCGUUCAAAAACCUGGGCGCUUAUGGGUGGAGCACCGGCGCUGAGAGUCAACCGACGGUCACAAACAUUGCUCUGCGAGCUGUAACCUCCUUGGCUGGGCUUGCCGGGGGCCGCCGUCAAGGCAAGCGCAUCGACAUCUUACGUGAUUUUGAGGGUGUCAUCAAAGAGGGAGAGCUUCUUUUGGUUCUUGGGCCUCCUGGAUCUGGGUGCUCAACCUUUCUGAAGACGCUGACGGGCGAGACAUCGGGGUUCAAGAUUGCCGAGAAUUCAUACUUGAACUAUCGAGGCAUUGACCCUUCUCAUGUUCGAAAAUCGCUUCGAGGAGAUGUCCUCUACAACGCCGAAGUUGACUCCCACCUCGCCCACCUCACCGUGGGCGAAACCCUGACGUUUGCGGCCCGCUGCCGAUCUGUCCGUCAUGUUCCCGGUGGCUUUACUCGAGAACAAGCCGAUAAUAUGAUCCGCGAUGUUAUGAUGGCUACGUUUGGUAUCAGCCAUACAUUCAACACUCGGGUGGGAGAUGACUUUGUCCGUGGUGUAAGCGGAGGUGAGAGAAAACGUGUCAGUAUCGCGGAAGCUUGCCUUACCAGCGCCAAAUUCCAAUGUUGGGAUAACUCUACCCGUGGCUUGGACAGCGCGAAUGCCAUCAACUUUUGCGAAAACAUUCGACUCCAGGCCGACUUGAUGGGCGUUGCCGCCGCCGUGGCCUUGUACCAGGCUCCCCAGUCUGCCUACGAAAAAUUCGAUCGCGUGAUUGUAUUAUAUGAAGGCCGGCAGAUUUUCUUUGGCAAAACCACCGAAGCCAAGGCCUACUUUGAGGAGCUCGGAUUCGAAUGCCCUGAUAGACAGACGGUUCCCGAUUUCCUGACUUCAAUGACGAGUCCCAGCGAGCGACGUCCCAAAGCCGGGUACGAGAGCCAAGUUCCCCGUACCGCUGACGAGUUUGAUGCGAGAUGGAAGGCCAGCCAGGCACGCGACAGCCUGGUUCAAGAGUUGAAGGCAUACGAGGAAAAUCACCCCUCUGAUCAGCGACUCAAGGAAUAUAACGAGUCUCGUAAUGCCGAGCAAGCAAAGAGCCAACGCUCCGCAUCGCCUUACACGAUCUCUUACUGCCAGCAAGUACGGCUGGCGCUGUGGCGCGGCUACAGACGACUGCGUGCUGAUCCCGGAUUUACCAUCGCGUCUUUGCUCUUCAACGUCAUUAUCGCCCUCCUCCUGGGCAGCAUGUUCUAUAAUCUCAAACCCGACACUUCGACCUUCUACUACCGAGGUGGACUCAUCUUCUUCUCGCUCCUCUUCAACGCGUUUUCCAGCCAGCUCGAAGUCUUGACUGUUUAUGCGGAACGGCCUGUUGUUGAGAAGCAUAAUAAAUACGCCUUUUACCACCAGUCGACGCAAGCGAUCGCAAGUUACUUAACAGACCUGCCCUACAAGACAGCCAACAUGUUCAUCUUCAAUAUCCUCAUCUACUUCAUGGCCCAUCUUCGUCGGGAGGCAGGCAACUUCUUCUUCUUCUGCCUGACCUCCUACAUCACCACCCUGGUCAUGUCAAGCUUGUAUCGCCUCCUCGCCUCCAUCACACGGACAUCCCACCAAGCUAUGGUUCCUAGCUCGAUCCUGAGUCUGGGGCUGAUGAUCUACACCGGCUUCACCAUCCCGACUGAUUACCUGCCCGGCUGGUCGCGCUGGAUGAACUACAUCAACCCGCUCGCCUAUGCCUUUGAGUCGCUCAUGGCGAACGAGUUCCACGACCGUCAGUUCCCCUGUGCCGUUGUCGUCCCCCAGGGGCCCGGUUAUGAGGACCUGCCCGCCGACUCUCAGGUCUGCUCCUCUGUUGGCGCUCUGCCCGGCUCAACGACGGUCGACGGUGAUAGGUAUAUCAAUUUGGCGUUCUCGUACUACAACGCCCACAAGUGGAGGAACGUUGGCAUUCUGUUCGGGUUCUUGGUUUUCUUCUUUGGUGUCUAUAUUCUGGCAGCCGAAUACUCGAAGCCACCCAAGAGCAAGGGCGAGGUUCUCGUGUUCCCCUCUGGCAAGGUUCCUCGGUCUAAAGCUGCCAACUCGACGGAUAUCGAGGCGCAGCCACACAGCCGAGAGGUUGUGUCUGAUGAGAAAUCGACAAGUGGUUCUGAGUCUGCUGCUGGAUUGACAGCUGGAACGGCCGUGUUCCAUUGGGAGGAUCUGUGUUAUGAUAUUAGCAUCAAAGGCACCGAGCGCCGGAUUCUGGAUCAUGUGGACGGCUGGGUCAAGCCAGGUACUUCAACUGCACUCAUGGGAGUGUCGGGCGCCGGCAAGACCACUCUUCUGGAUGUGCUCGCUACCCGUGUUACUAUGGGGGUCGUGUCUGGAGAUACGCUCAUCAACGGUUCGCCAACUGAUGCCUCAUUCCAGCACCGCGUCGGCUAUGUUCAGCAACAGGACCUGCAUCUCGACACUAUGACUGUCCGCGAGGCCCUUGAAUUCAGCGCCCUCCUCCGACAGUCUGCCGAGAUCCCAAAGCAAGAAAAGCUCGACUACGUGGACAAGGUUGUUGAUAUGCUCGAUAUGGAAAGCUUCGUGGAUGCUGUCAUCGGCGUGCCCGGUGAGGGUUUGAAUGUCGAGCAGCGCAAGCGCCUGACUAUCGGAGUCGAACUCGCUGCUCGCCCGAAGCUGCUCCUAUUCCUCGAUGAGCCCACCUCUGGUCUUGACUCGCAGACGUCCUGGGCUAUCUGCCAGCUUAUCAAGAAGCUGACGAGAAAUGGCCAGGCUGUGCUCUGCACCAUCCACCAACCGUCCGCUAUUCUCUUUGACCAAUUUGACAGGCUUCUGCUCCUUGCCCCUGGUGGUAAGACUGUGUACUUUGGAGAAUUGGGGGCCAAAUCGAGGACUCUUAUCAAUUACUUUGAACGAAACGGUGCACACACAUGUCCUCCCGGAGCGAACCAGGCAGAGUGGAUGCUCGAUAUCAUUAAGCCAAAGAAGGACGGGACUGUUGGCAUUGAUUGGCACGAAACUUGGAGGCAAUCGCCUGAGUUCAAGGAGGUCAAAGCUGAGCUGGGGAACCUGCGCGCACUCGCAACCGGACAGACCCUAAUCGCAUCUGACAACAGCGAGUCUUCUCAGCAUCGCGAGUUCGUCGCCUCGUUAUGGACCCAGAUGUCCCUCGUCUUCUUCCGAACCUGGAGGCACUUCUGGCGUUCUCCCACUUACAUCUGGUCCAAGGUCAUCCUCAUUGUCAUUUCCUCCAUCUAUAUCGGGUUCAGCUUCAAAGCAGAGAACACAAUCCAGGGGCUGCAGAAUCAGCUGUAUGCCAUCUUCAUGUUCCUGGUCAUGUUCAACAACCUCAACGAGCAGAUCAUGCCCAUGUUCGUCCCCCAGCGGGCCCUCUACGAGGUGCGCGAACGGCCUUCCAAGAUAUACAAGUGGAACACCUUUGUGCUCUCCAACAUCCUCGUCGAGGCCAUCUGGAACACGCUCAUGGCUGCACUCAUCUACGUGUGCUGGUACUACCCCGUCGGUUUCGUCAUCAACACGACCGCAGAUGACCAGGCCAUACGCGGGUUUCUUGUAUUCUUGUUCCUCUGGAUGUUCAUGCUCUUCACCAGCACCUUCUCCCACUUCGCCAUCACCUGGAUGCCGAGCGCCGAGGUAGCCGGCAUCCUCGCCAGUAUAUUGUGGAUGUUCUGCCUCUGCUUCUGCGGCGUCGCCGUCGCCCCUGCCGACUUCCCCAAGUUCUGGACGUGGAUGUACCGCGUGUCCCCGGGGACGUACCUCAUCGGCGGCGUCAUGUCCGCCGCCAUCGCCGGCUCCGACGUGACGUGCGCGGACAACGAGCUGCUCGAGCUCUCGCCGCCCGGUGGGCUGAGCUGCGGUGAUUUUCUAGGCCCGUUUGCCAACUACACUGGCGGUGCUGUUCUGAACCCCGAGGCGACGGAUCUGUGCAGCUACUGCACUAUUACCACGACUGAUCAGUUCCUCGCCCGGUUCGAGAUUGACUAUGACACGAGGUGGAGGGACUUUGGGUUGCUCUGGGUUUAUAUUGCUUUCAAUGUUGGUGCCGCCUUGGGACUCUACUGGCUCUUCCGUGUUCCUAAGGGGAAGAAGGGACUGAGGAGGUCCUAG